AUGACCAUGAUUUGGCGCCGUCUAUUCGGCCGUCUGCCGAAACAGCUCCGCGGUGUUCCUCCGCUAUGCGGGACAUCGCACAUAUCGCAUCGCUCUUUUGCGAAUACAUCAGAUGCAAAAGCUUUAGAAAUGAUGGACGGCCACGGCGUAAUGGGUUCCUACGCGAAAGCCCUCUACCUCGCAGCCAAGGAUGCUAGUUGCGUUGAUAGCGUGAUGGGUGACCUAAGCACUCUGCACGAUGCGAUGAGCACAUGCAACGAGUUUUCCGUAUUCAUCAGUAACCCCUGUUUGCGUUCAUCAACCAAGGUUGCAUUUCUUCGUGACGACCUGAAGACGUUAGGUUUGCCAGAGAUGCAGAAAGAGACUUUGAACUGUCUGGAGGUGCUUUUUACGCAGCGCCGAUCUGGUGAUUUUGCCGAGUUGGUAAAGCUGUUUGAGACUCUCUACAUGGCAACGAAGGGCCAGGUGAAGUGCUAUGCUCAUUCCGCAUGUGAGUUGAGUCCGAAACACAAGGUGGCUCUUGAGAAUGCGCUGAAGAAACGUCUUGGCGGUUCCUCCCAGCCGUCUGUCGUUUACAAGGUUAAUCCCAGUCUGAUGGGAGGUUUGGUUGUGCGUAUCGGUGACCAGGUGAUAGACGCCUCUGUCAGUGCAAAGCUUGAUCGUGUGCACUCAAGGCUAUCGUGCAAUUCCUAG